CGCACCGUAGAGGUGAUGACGACGACGACGACGACGACGAGAAAAAGUUGCAUCGCCAAAUGCGAAUCCGUCAAGGAGAAGGGAGGAGGGGGAAUAAGAUGUACGGGAGGGGCGAAGGAGGAAGCCGCCGCCGCCACCACCACCAACAACAACAGCCAGUCCUCUCCAAACCCCGCCCCUAAACCUACCACGAACCAGGACUUGCUCGCUAUGUUAGACUCCUUUAGAUACACGGGAGGAGGAGGAGGAAUUACAUCCACGCGAGCAGAGGGCACCAGCAGCAAGCCUUCUCCGAACCCUAAUCCUUGCACCCCGAAGACGAUUAAGAGGAAAUCUCCUCCCUCGGGUGUUGGCGUGAUCGUAGAUGGUCCGGAUGAGGAGAAGGGGAAGAAGAAGAGGAAGAGUAAGGAGGCAAAGCUAAAAGAAGAAGAGGAGGUUGUUGCUACUAAUAACCGAAAGAGGAAGAAGACAGAGAUGAAUGAGAAAGAAGAAGAGGAAGAUAAGGAGAGGAAGAAGAGGAGUAGGCCACGAAGCGCUAUGACUGCUAAGGAGAAAUAUAUGGACUGCUACAAGAGAGUCGAGACUGGGAAUACCUGGGAGCCUCCCGUUUCUCCCUAUGGUUUACUUCAAGAAUGUCACUACACCGAUCCUUGGAGGGUGCUUAUAAUUUGCAUGCUUCUUAACAUCACAUCAGGAGUUCAGGUUAACAGGGUUCUAGAUGAGAUUUUCGCUCUAUGCCCUAAUGCGGAAGCUGCAACCAAUGUUCGUCAGGAGGAUCUAGCAUCAUUGAUAAAGCCUUUGGGUUUGUCGGACCUAAGGAGUAAACGUAUGAUGAAGCUCUCUCGUCAGUAUUUGGAGAAUGAUUGGACUCAUGUGACUCAGCUCCAUGGUGUUGGCAAGUAUGCAGCAGAUGCAUACGCGAUAUUCUGUGUAGGAAAGCCUGAUCAAGUUGUACCAGAGGACCACAAGUUGGUCGAUUAUUGGAAAUUUGUCUGCAAAAUGCGUAACUGAAGAGCUGCAUAAACAAUUUAUAAGUUAAAACUUAUCUGAGGUAGAAACUGGUUAGAUGUUGCAGAGACAAACCCCGGGUAUUUAAACAUUCAUAUCCAUCACGAUGCAAUUUGGUAUUGAAGGAACAAAACCUUUGCUUAUUUAGAGAUAAAGAUUAUAUUUUGUGUAAGUUAUUUUAGCUGAAUCAGAUGAUACUUGCAAACUUUAUAUGCUCUUUUUUUUGGGAUAAAUUUCAAAUAUGAUGCCCAAGUCUGGGUUAUUUUGAUA